GGCAACGAGCUUAUAUUUGUCUGCAGUGCGGUGCACUGCCAAGCCAAGUUGGUCCGAAGUUAGCUACUCGUCUAAGUAAUAAUGGCAGGCGCACUGACCCAACUUCCCGACGUUGAAAUUGACCCCGAGGGAACGUUUAAAUACAUAUUAGUGACGGUUAAAGUAAAAGAUGGAACGGAACAAAAAGAUAUAGUGCGAGGCACAAAGAGUGCAGAGUAUCACAAUCACAUAUUUGAGAAGGUCAAGCCUGCCAUGGAGGCUUUGGGCCUCGAGUGCAACUGCCUUGGAGGAGGGAAGAUUGAGCACAACAGCAAGGACAAGAAACUUAGGGUGUUUGGAGAAUCCUCUGCCUUCGGUAAAGCUGACCACUCGGUGUCUGUGGAGAAGCUGAAAGGUGCCUUCAAAGACUAUGACAUCACCUGGUCUGAUGACACAAAAUAGAAUGAAACUUGAACGUACCAUACUUGGUGGUAUUAAGGACUGGACUCAAAUAAUUGCUUUAAAGUUUGAACAUAGAUAAUAUGUAAGUGCGUUAAAACUGAAAAUCUUGGUCACUGAAACAGGGAUGUGAAGAUUUAAUAAACACACCAAUUCUGGUA